GUACAUAUGUAGGUAAUGAUUCAAUUAUGUUCGUCGCUUAAAUUUAUCUGCACAAAUAUAAAAAUUUGCUUAGCAAUCACCUUAGAAUCCAAAUUAUCUACUAAGUGACCAAAUCUGAAGUAUUCAUUAAGCAGCCACUAACUGGAUUAUGGACGAUACUAUCUUCUGUCAAAAUUGAUAAAAUUGAAACGGAACGAAAAAUCAAUAAAAAUUCGUUUCUUUGCACUAGUGAGCUACUAAGAUGAAUUUAAGUGCGGAAAGAUAAAAAGACAGUGAGAGCGUAUACUAUGGUAAAUGCAGGGUGAACUAAAGAGCACACAACAACAGAGAAUUCUCUCAGCACAACUAAACUGCAUUGAAACUAGGAGCGUGCAAUGUGUGGAAAUUCGCCGCAGAAUUGACCGCCACCAAUGUUGGUCCGGUUUUGGAAGUAAUUGAGCGCCGCAUACUGGCGGUGGUAGAAUACCACAUUCGACACGCUACUUAUACCAUUCAUCCCGCUCGCACUUAUUUCAUAACAGUUGUGAUAAUGCUACAUUUAGCAAGCAGCCGCUGCUGUUCUAUUCACAAUGUCAUCAUCAUCUCGCUGUGGGCGCAUUGAGAGCAUAUCACUUUAUGCUAUCGGCUGUAGGUUGUCGACCGAGUGUUGUUUCACAGCUGCCGCGUCAAGGAGCAAACGCAUACGUAGCGUGUGCUUGAAUUGACUCUGGAUUCUCAUGUGUGCCGACACUCUUUGGAACACUCGGCGAGACUUGGUUAGCUACGAAAAAGAGUGAGCGUGAAACAUUGCGCUAUUUGCCAUACGAGAGCCGCGGCUGCUACUAGUAGACAUUGAACUUUAGUACAACAAGGUGGUUAAUAUUUGGAGCGGCUAACAAAAUGUUUUGUGUAUUUGCAAGAAGAAAUUGAAAUUAGUAAAACUGAAAAAGCACAGUCACAGUCAUAGUCUCAAUCGCAGCCGCAGUCAAAGCCACAGCUUGGGCGCAUAUACUAUACAACGGGCAGCGGUAGUAGCUACUACUACCACAUACACACUCGCACUAGCCAAGCCAAGGCAUUAGCAUUCAAUUAAAACAAAGAAGUUAGUGGUCGCAGCUGCAGCUACACAAAAAGUCUGAAUGUGUGUAAAGGUUUAAAUUGUGAAAAAGUGCGAGACGGCGGAAGGCAGACGUAGACGAAGCAGCAGUAGUGGCAGCAACAGUUCAGCACCAACAACAACUACUCCAAUGAAGGCGACAAUAAAGUACUCACCGCCUAGCUCGAAUUCGAAUCAAAAUGUUCCUCAUGCAGAAUGCACAACAACAAAAACAAAAACAAAUAUUAAAAAAACAGAAACUACAUUAGGGUGCGUGAAUGUGGUAGACAGCAAUCAGGAGGACGACAACAACUGUAACAACGACAGCAACGGCAGCAGCACUAGCAACUGUAGCCACGACGAUCCCAUUGCAAUCGACAUGGGCCGCAGACAGCGGUGUAGGCACAAUUAUAGCCACGGUGACAGUGAAACACGAGUUGUCACAAGGGGCGACAGCAUGAGUGCGAAUCUGAGAAGCAAUUGCUGUCAACGUGAACAUAAAAAUUAUCGCAAACAUGUGAUGUCCCAACUGCAAAGCCGCAAGCGGGACGACGACGAUGACGAUGAUAACCACAUGAUGAGGCAAGCGUCUGUCACAGAAGUACGGGAACGUCGCCAGCCGCAAUAUACACGCGACUUUACGGUAAAUUUAGCGACGCAAGUCAAGACAUCCAGAAGAUUGAAGAGGAUGUGUGACGAUUUUGCAACAGCACCACAUACACAAUUAGCAAAUGAGUCAGAAAUUAAAGCAACUUUGGAAUCAGAAUUUGAACUGGGCACAAUGAGCGCCACAUUAAACGCAGGUAAAAGCUCAGUGCUUGGCGAUUCGUACGAUAUUAAAUCAAGCUCACAGGAAAGACUAACACCCACAGCGAUAUCAGCAACAUUGCCCACAUCCAUGUCGCCUGCAUCGUCUUCAACGGUCAUUCACACGGUAUUUAGCACAGAAAAGACCACAACACCACCCCCUUGCCUAGCGGAUAAUUUUAGUUUAAGUAACAAAAGACAAUUAGUUAUGCCAAUUGAGGAAGAGAAUAGAUUAGGAAAUGUAUUUGCUGGUGAGCAGCUAUUCAAUGAGUUGCCGGUGAAACGAUGCCCAAGCACUGAUUGGUAUGAUGUCUCAACGCUUCAAGCGCAAACACAAUGGCGGCAUAGAAUAUUUUCACGACCCACUUCGAACUCGUUGUUAGUGGGUAUUGAGAAGGCGUUUGCUUUUCUUGCCUCUGCCAUCAAUGCAAGAAGAACUGAUUUGAGGUACGGGCUUGCAUACAAUCAUGCUGUGGCUCACAGUCUUGCUGAGGCUGCAGCAACAGGAAAUUCGCAAACAACGACAACAUUAGACUGCAGGUGCUUUAAGGAAAAUAGUGAUAUUUGUAAGGUUGCUGAUCAUAAGGCGGUGGUUGAUGUUGAUGCUAUAGAGGCAGCAAUAGUAGAUGAAAGAGAAAUGUGCGACUUAGCAGGACAGAGUGAUAGGCGAGUGGCAAGCCAAGAACAUCAGCAUCCAACACAACGAUUUAAUUUCUUUUAUUCGUUUCCACUGCUGAUGCGAACGAACAUUUGCUCUUUGGGUAUAACGGGUGUGCCGCCUUGGCCGACUAAUCUUAUGCUUUUAUCACUACUUAUGCUGAGUUUAACUGCGCCGGCCAGAUGCUGGACAGGACGAUCAGAUGUUCCAACAAAUUGCACUUUUCCCGCACGUUGGGAAGGUUCAUGGUUCCUUUCUGGCUAUCAACAGUCUAUUCAUAUAAAAGGUUCACAAUUCAGUUAUCGUGGUAAAUGUGCGGCUUCGGAUGGUAACAAAUAUUUGAUUGUUGACGAGAAAGGAUGUCAUCGGUGCCUGGUUAUCUAUGAAAAACAUAAAAAUGUUCUUCAAUAUAAAGAAAGUGAGUGCGAAGGUGAUAGUAUGUAUAUGCAUCAAACGAAUCCAUCUGCCAUGGCGAUGCGUAGCGUUUUAAAACAAAGCGAACAUAGGGGGGGAGCUCAUCCCAAUUUGAACAACAACAACGGGCAUUCAAGACUAUCCUCAUCGGAUCAGUAUAUAAUGAGAUCCUAUGAUGAUAUGAAUGAUUGUCCCCCAGACUUUUGCAAGGGCCGUGAAACGUUACAAAAUCUCUGCGAUCAAAUACCCGGUGACGCUUUAUUAUAUUCACUAUUUCGCGAGAGUGCCGAACCGGUCAAGUGUCCGUUGAAGGGACCCUUUGUAUUCACCUAUAAUCGUGGACACGGUGAAUGUAAGAGCCCUGUUUCGAAUAUCGAAAGCUGCACCGAAGACAGUCGCCUACUGCUCAGCUUCCAAGCUUGUCCUGAUGUGCAGGGCACUGAGAGCACAGUUGAAGAACUAACAUGCUUGGCUACUUGGAAGGAUGGAAACUCUCGUUAUCUUGUCGGCUUGGUUUCACAUCAUCAUGCGAUUUCAAAUGAAGAACGCUAUCGCUGCUUCGUAUAUGAGAAAAUCUCCUCGCUAUUGGGUGGACUUAGCACUGUGAGCGCAAAAGAUGCUGAAUACAAAUUAGCACAAUCUGGCGAUGCUACCUGCAAUGGACUAGACAGUGCAGAGGUUGGUUCACGCAUAAUGUCGCUGAGAAAACCACCGAUCACUGAACGCUGUGACUUCCCGGCAUGGUUCAAGGGACCGCGACAUUGGCAUGUCCUAAUGGGCAACGCAGUCUACAAUUAUCAUCCCAAUGAUGGCUCUGUACAUAUUAUUAAGCCGAAUGGUUUCAUGGAGACACGAGCACUCUGUGAACAGAUUAACAAGCAAACCGCUACUGAAAUGAUGGCUGUGGUGCACUAUACAACCGGAUGCCAAUCGGGCUUUAUGUGCAUGAUGUUUUAUCGCCGCGACACACAUGUCAUUGAAAUACAGACGGGCAAGCAGGCUUCACGGCUUGAGGAUGCAUGUGCGCCGGAUCAUUUCGAUGUGAAUCGUAUGCCAUAUAUUACGUUGCUUGCUAGCAAUCCGGAUCCACAAAUUUGUCCGAUGGAGGGUUUGUUCAAUUUGCGUGGCGCUAUUGGGCCACCUUACUUGACUACGCGUCACAAGCGUAAUCACAACAACAAAAUGCAUUUAACUCACGGUCAUCAUCACAGCCAAAGUGAUUUAGUUGUUGCAGCGGGUACAGCGGGUGGAAGUGAUAGCGGCGGUUAUGCGAAUAAAAGACAAGUCACACUCACUUUCCGAGAUUCUGAUAAAGUGGAUAAAGGUGCGUGGCAUGCGAAUGCGCAUGGUCUCCAACCGGGACGAAAUAGGCGCGCCACAGCCGCAGCAGCCAACAAUAGUUCUGGCAAUAUCGUUAACACUACGGCCACUUUGGAGCAUAUGAAUAUACUGGAGAGCAAAUUGCAACGACUAAAUGGCUCAGUAAAAAGCGACGAACGUUCAAUGGCUGUAGACGAAGCAUCGCUACGAAAAAAAGUGGAUUUCGUACAUUCAACUAACGCAAUUGAUUUAGAUCGGCAACGUAAUCGUAGAGAUGCACCGGGCUGCAUAACAAAUUACAAAGCGCAACGACGCCUCUGGGUGGGUUGCACCGAACCGGAUAUUAUUGAUGUACGACCGAUGUGCAAUGAAGAUGGUGAUGAAGAGUACUCUUGUCAUGGAUCGUGGUCUGAGAAUGGCACAGUGUAUAUUAUCGCGCGACAUAAAGGCACCAAACAUGGCGUAUGUCUGAGUUAUCGCCCAACUGAGGGCACAGCGGCCAAACUGGUUAUCGGUGAUGCAUGUUAUCGCGGCACACAAAAGCCACCAGAUCAUCACUUGGUGGCAAAUCUAACUGUUUUCGGUAAAUGUGGAGAAACUGGUUCUGCCGCGAUACAAAUACGACCAAGCGCUGAGCUCAUCAAACUGGCUACAGUGGUGUACGUGUUAUUGUUGGCGGUGAAUAUAGUGAACAGUGUGAAAAAUCGAAGAUGAUGAAUUCGCAACGGCAACUGAAGAUCAACGAAGAAUGCCUGGGCAAAACUAAACUAAAGGCGGCGCUCUUCCGUUUAAGCUGCAUAAAGCACAUCAAGUUUAAUUGAAAAAUAUUAAAUGAAAAUUUUAGAUAUAUACACACACACAAACCAGUAGCUAAAUACAAUAUGACAGUAUGGAAUUAGGUGCAUAUGUGCAUAUACAUAUGUCUUUACGCAUGUAUGUGUGUAUGUAUGUUGGUGUAAGUUUAUCGAAUAGUAAUGGUUUUCUGUUCUACCUGGAUACUUUUAUAUAUACAUACAUACAUACAUGUUUGUAUAUCUAUGGCUGUGUAUGCAUGUAAGACAGUUAAUAUUUUAGAGCAGAACUCGAAUUAUCGCAAAAAGAAUCACUUGUUUGCAAUCGAAAACACGUGAUAAGAGCGGCAGCUUACAAAUAUCGAUCGGGUACUGAAUGUUGGACUAAUGUAUACCUUUUGAAUAAGACUUAGCAUUUGUAGUAAAGCCUACACUUAUUAUGAACGAACGAACGAAACGCGCAUGCGUACGCAUAUGUUAUCCCACACACAGAAGCAUAGGUGAGCAAAGAGAAAAUAUGUUGUAAACACAUACAUAUGAUGGUGGUUUGUAUGGUUAUGAAUGUCAUUUCUAGUAUAUGAAGAAAAAAUAUUAUAAAUAUUAAAUCAACUCUGUAAAUAAUAAAAUGAGAAUAUUUUCAAUAAGUUAUCAUAAGAAAUCGUAUUUUUAAGCCACUAAAAAAUGAACUAAGCGUAGUUUUAGAUAAAUACAUAAAUGGUUUGCAAUAGAGCCUUAGUUACGCAUAAAUGUUGGCAAGUGAAAGUGGUUAGCAGGGGGCGGUAAAUAGCCGAUACAUUAAUAUACAUAUGUACAACAAGUAGACGUGUAUAAAUGAAAGACAAUUACACAUGAAGACGAACAUACAAAAAGUAUGUAGGUAUGUAAGUUCGAGUGUUAGUUGUGCCCUAAUUUGUAAUAAGUUUUGUGAUUGCAGUGUGUGCAGCUUUUCGAUGGUUGCGUGCUUGUUUACCAAUUAAGUAGCUGUAUGUAUGUAUGUUUAGGUUGGUGACUUGUGGCAGCACAUGCCAAUUACAUACAUACAUAACUAUUAUUAAUAUAAUUAUAAUUUUAUAUAACUGCAGAAAUUGUAUAUAAAUACAUACAUUUGUAUGUAUUGCAAAACACAUAAAUGAGCGAAUAAUUUGUAUUUAUUGUAAAAUUAAUAGCUUCUUAAAUAUUAUAUAUUUAUGUAUAUUAAUAAGUACAUAUAUACGAAUGUAAGCUUAAAGCUUCUGUAUAAAAAAAAAGUAAUUAAAGAAAUUUUGUAUGCAAUUUUAACGACGUAUAUAUCAUAUAUACAGGCACAGCACUAUGUACAUGUGUACUACGCGUGCGCUUGUCUGUAUGUACAUAUACAUAUGCAUAAGUGCAGCACUUCUUAUAUUUAUUGUUUGUUUGUAUAUGAUAUCCUCUUUUACAUUGACAAAUGCACAUACAUAGCUAUUAAAUAUUCUUAA